UCUCUCUCUCACCUCUCUCUCACCUAAUAAUUUUGUUUUUUUUCCAUUUUUUUUUCUUAUAUAUCUAUGUAUAUAUAUAUAAAUAUAUAUAUUUUGGGGGUCUUUUGGGGGGUGAGAUUUGGAUGAGGCCAAAACGAGGGUGGAUCUAGUGAACAACGAGUCGGCAGAAAAUCUUGAAAAACAAAUAGCAAAGGGGAGACAAAACGUGGUAGAUUGAUCCUGAAAAAACAGGAUUUUAUUUUUUUGCAGAUCCACAUCCAAAAAAGGUGCCUCGUUUUUAUGGAUUUUUGGGUAAUAAUAUUUCGGUCGGAAAAAAAGAGGAGAGGUUAAUUCCACUGGGGACGAAUUUGUGAUGAGUUAGGUACGAGAAUUGGGGGAUUUGGCCGUUACCGAACGGUGGAAAUUUGGGCUCACUCAAUGGCGAGAAGAGAGGAAGAUGCUUACUGUUAUUAUUAGUAUUCUAUUUUUAAUUUUAAUUUUUUUUUUUUGAGCACCCGAAUAAAAGCACUGAGCUUGUUUCGAAUUCUGUGUUUUGCCGAAGCAAUUCGAAUCCACCUUCUUUUGGUUCUCAAUGGAGGCUUCAGUUCACGGAGGGAAUGAGACAUGCUUGAUGUGAAACUGAGGUGAUGAAGGAGACAGUUUCGAAAACAAUGAAUUCGUUUUGGGUCCGCUAAUAACACCGAUCGCCGUAUCUCCAAGGAUGAAAAUGUAUGUGAUUUUCGUUCUAGCCUGCCUGCUGACGCGCAGUUCGCGGGCGCUCAACCUUGAAGGCCAAGCACUCUUAGAACUUAAGAGCAAAUGGGUCGACGAAUUCCACCAUCUUGAUAAUUGGAACCCUGAAGACCGAGCGCCUUGUAAUUGGAAGGGCGUUAACUGCACGACCGAUUAUGAUCCUGUAGUUUCUUCUCUCGAUCUUAGGGCAAUGAACCUAUCGGGGACAGUCUCAUCGGGCAUCGGCGGUUUGACUCAGCUAACUUAUCUUGAUCUUUCCUUCAACGGGUUUUCGGGUGCCAUUCCUCGUGAAAUUGGAAACUGUUCCAAGUUAGAAACCCUUUUCCUGAACAACAACAAUUUUGAAGGCCAAAUUCCCCCCGAACUGGGAGACCUAUCCCUUUUGACUAAUUGUAACAUUUGUAAUAACAAGCUUUCAGGCUCUUUACCCGACGAGAUCGGAAGCAUGUCUUCCUUAACAGAACUAGUGGCGUAUUCAAACAAUCUCUCGGGUUCGUUGCCUCGGUCUAUUGGCAAGUUGAAGAAUCUGUCGACUUUUCGAGCAGGACAGAAUUCAAUUUCUGGAAGUCUUCCUGCUGAGAUAAGUGAAUGCCAAAAUUUGGAAAUACUCGGUCUUGCCCAAAACCAGCUUGCGGGUAAUAUCCCUAAAGAGAUAGGAAAACUGGGCUAUUUGAGGGAAGUUAUUCUUUGGCAAAAUCAGUUAUCGGGGACAAUUCCUGAGGAGAUCGGGAACUGUACAAAUCUCCGAACCCUGGCGCUUUAUGAGAAUAAUUUACUUGGUGUUAUACCCAAUACAAUUGGGAAACUCUGUAACCUAGAAUACUUAUACCUUUAUAGGAAUGGAUUAAACGGCACUAUCCCGAGAGAAAUUGGAAAUCUUUCUUUAGCGAAGGAAAUAGAUUUUUCGGAGAAUGCUUUGACUGGUGAAAUUCCGAAGGAUUUUGGCAUUAUAAAGGGCUUGUACCUUCUUUACCUAUUCCAAAACCACCUUACAGGUCCUAUUCCAAUUGAGUUAUGUGGAUUGACAAACUUGCGUAAGCUCGAUCUCUCGAUCAAUUCACUCUGGGGGCCCAUCCCUUUAGGGUUUCAGUAUUUAAGCAAGCUAAUCCAAUUGCAGCUCUUCAAUAACAUGCUUUCCGGUGAUAUCCCUCAAAAACUUGGAGUAUAUAGUCCACUUUGGGUGGUUGAUUUCUCGAACAAUAAUCUUACCGGGCAGAUACCGAGACACCUAUGUUCGCAUGUCAACCUAAUUUUGUUAAAUUUUGGGUCGAACAAGCUAAGUGGGAAUAUUCCGAAAGGGGUAAUAAAUUGCAAAUCUUUAGUUCAACUUCGAGUUGGUGGAAAUAGCUUGACGGGGAGUUUCCCCUCUGAUCUUUGCAAUUUGGUCAAUCUGACAACAAUCGAGUUAGACCAAAACAAAUUCAGUGGUCCAAUUCCACCAGAAAUAAGGAAUUGCAAAGCUUUGCAAAGGCUAAGUCUUCCCAAUAAUUUUUUCACUUCUCAACUGCCGGGUGAGAUUGGUAAUUUGUCAAGGCUGGUCGUAUUCAAUAUUUCGUCAAACAAAUUGGGUGGAAAUAUACCACUAGAGAUUUUCAAAUGUACAUCGCUUCAACGGCUUGAUCUCAGCCAGAACAGCUUUGAGGGUGCAUUGCCUAAUGAAGUCGGAACUCUUUUACAGUUGGAACUGCUUAUCCUUUCCGAUAACAAGCUAUCAGGGAUGAUACCUUCCAUUUUGGGUAAGCUCUCUCGUUUGACAGAGCUGCAGAUGGGCGGGAAUCAGUUUCUGGGGUCAAUACCGAAGGAAUUGGGAGGGCUCUCGAGCUUACAAAUUGCUCUGAAUAUCAGCUGCAAUAAUCUCUCAGGGAAUGUACCGUCGGAACUAGGAAAUCUUGCUUUGUUAGAAUAUCUUUUACUCAACAAUAACAACUUAACUGGAGAAAUCCCGGCUACGUUUGCUAAUCUAUCCAGUUUACUCGGACUUAAUGUAUCAUACAAUGAUCUGACUGGCCCUCUCCCACCAAUCUCAUUAUUCGAUACUAUGCCCUCAAGCAGUUUUAUAGGAAAUAGAGGGCUUUGUGGUGGACCACUUGGCCAGUGUGGUGGGUCCCCAUCUAUGUCUCCUUCCUCGACAGAUAAAACAAUAGAUACCCCAGUGGGUAAGAUCGUCGCUAGUAUUUCUGCUGUUAUCGGAGCGAUUUCGCUUAUUCUUAUUGCUGUAAUUGUAUACCACAUGAGAAGACCACUUGAAACAGUUGCUCCUUUGCAAGAUAAGCAGCUCUCUUCUACAACACCGAGCAUGUAUAUUUCCCCAAAGGAGGGCUGCACAUUCCAAGAUUUGGUUUCUGCCACAAAUAAUUUCGACGAGAGUUUCAUUAUUGGAAGGGGUGCUUGUGGGACAGUGUAUAGAGCUAUUAUGAAGUCCGGACAGAUGAUUGCUGUAAAGAAGCUCGCAUCAAAUAGAGAAGGGAGCAAUGUUGACAACAGCUUUCGAGCUGAGAUUUUGACGCUUGGAAAAAUCAGGCAUCGCAAUAUUGUGAAGCUUUACGGGUUCUGUUAUCACCAAGGUUCAAACCUUCUUUUAUACGAGUACAUGUCGAGAGGCAGUUUAGGUGAGCUACUUCACGGACAGAGCUCGACGUCUUCUUGUCUUGAUUGGAAGACCCGGUUCAUGAUAGCGCUUGGGGCAGCGGAGGGGCUUUCUUAUUUGCACCAUGAUUGCAAGCCAAGGAUAAUUCAUCGGGAUAUUAAAUCGAAUAAUAUUUUGCUUGACGAAAAUUUCGAAGCUCAUGUUGGAGACUUUGGAUUAGCGAAGGUAAUUGAUAUGCCGCAAUUGAAGUCCAUGUCUGCAGUUGCAGGAUCUUAUGGGUAUAUAGCUCCUGAAUAUGCAUAUACUAUGAAGGUCACAGAAAAAAGUGACAUAUACAGUUAUGGAGUCGUGCUAUUGGAGUUGCUGACCGGAAAAACACCUGUGCAACCAUUAGACCAGGGAGGCGACCUCGUGACAUGGGUGAGGACCUAUAUCCGGAAUAAUUCUUUAAAUGCAGGAAUAUUAGAUACUAAAUUGGAUCUAGAAGACAAAACCACCAUCAACCACAUGAUCAUGGUUUUGAAAAUCGCUUUGCUUUGUACGAACAUGUCUCCCUUUGAUAGGCCACCGAUGCGGCACGUUGUUGUUAUGCUAGUCGAGUCCAAGGAGAGAGCGGGGAGCUCUGCGUCCUCUCCACGUUCUGAUCUUUCUUCAAAGGAUGAUGACUUGUAAUGUAUUUAUUUAUAUAUUUUGCAUUUAUCGAAAAAGAUAUGCCUCUUUUCCUUUCUUUUUUUCUUUUUUUUUUUUUAGUUUUCCUCUUCUUGUAGUGUGGAUUAUAGUAGUAGUUUCUUCUUUUCUCCUUUUAAUAUAACAUCCAUUCUUUAUAGA